CCACCCCUUCCUGGUUGCCAUAGUCACCUCUUGCCAGCGUCCCAAAAUGGCGUCUCUACUGGAGGAGAACUUGUUUGAGACCCGCGCGCAGGCCCCAGCCCCCAGCAAGGACUUCUACCAGCUGAUCGUCACCCAGAAGGAGGUAAUUUUCAGAUGGUGGAAAAUCUCUCUUAGAAGUGAAUUUCGUGAAACAAAGCCUGGGGAACUUAAAGAAUCUCAUGAAUACUUCUUGGAUGAUCCAUCUCUUCAGAUUCAAAUUGCUGUAAUUUUUGGUGCCAACAUUCUGGAGCAUAUCUUCAAUCUGUGCCGGGGUAACUUUGACUUCUUGGAACGGCUUCCUGACUCAUUGCUCCUGUACAUCAUUUCCUUUCUGGAGCUUGAAGAUAUUGCCAGGCUUUCUCAAGUUUCACACAGAUUUGAAACGAUAUGCAACUCUGACACACUGUGGGAGAAAAUUGUGCAGAAUUUGUGUGGUACAAUUACCCCUGAAAUGAGAGCACUGGCAGAGGAAGUGGGUUGGAAGCAGUUCUUCUUCACAAACAAGCUUCAGCUUCAGCUGCAGCUCCGAAGAAGGAGGCAGAAACAAGAUGAUUCAAAGACUAAAUAAAGCAGCAUGCUUUUUCAUUAUGGGCAAAAGUUGCAAGUGCGGACUUGUAUAUUACAUUAUAAUUGGUUACUUUUACUGAAAAGAAUUAGACUAUUAAAACAGUAGACAUAAAGCAUAAUGGAAGCAAUACAUAAACAACAUUACCUUUUAUAGACUGGAAUCUUUUUAAUCAGGCUCCCAGCUACCACCAGCAAUAGAAAAGGUUCAAGCUCCCUUGAACUUCUUGACUCUGAGAUAUAAUAAGUUUACAUAUACAGUGGUUACCAUUCGAACAGUCAGCAUUUGACAACAGAUAUCAUAAUGUUGCCACAGUUAUUUCCUAAGAAAUAGGGAGAAAUGUGGUAUGUCAGUUCUUAUUGUGUAGAAACCAUUGGUAAAUGCUGACUGUUUACUGGCCACCAUGGCAAAUGUGAAAUGUUAAAAGGUGACCAGCAUGUAUCUUGGGUCCAAAAUUUGAACUACAUUAAAAUGAAUUUAAAAUUAGUGAACGUCUUCUGUAGUCUAGAUAUCUAAAAUUCAAACAAAUAAGCAAAUCAGCACUCUGUCACUAAGGGGAAACGUCAUUAGAGACCAAGAACUGAAUGGGUAUGUAUACCAAAUUACCCUUUUCCUUUUAGACAGCUACUUCAGGUCAUGGUUUGGGAACACUGGAAGGAUGGUAUAUGGGUGAAAUUUUCACUGCUUCUGUCUAUGCAGGAACUUCUGAUGAUAAUGGACUAGAGUUGCCUGUGUUGUGACUCUGGUACCUUUGAGUUCUACAUUCUCUUAAGUAUAUUUUCAAUUAAAAAAUAAUAUUUACUAUUGGCUCUUUGCAUUGUAGCACAUCAAUAAUGUUCCUACCAAACAGAGCUGACAAAUCCAUUAAAAAAAUAUUUUACAUAGCUUAGAAUUUCAUCUUAAUUGUUAAUUACAACAUUAACGUCAACAAUCCAGAGGUCAAGUAUUACUAUCCUUAAAUUAUUAAUUAAUGUCUACCAUGUGUUAUUGACUAGGUUUAAAUAUUGAGCAUUAAUACCAAUGCUUGCAUUUUUUCCAUAAAAUGGCCUAAAAGCUGCAUGAUUUACUCAGCUAAACUCCCACAAACUUCAGUUAGUCUUCCUAAGAAAGGCCUGCAGGAUUUGGCACUGUACUAAUGAUCACAAAAAAAUAAGGCCUACGUGGUUGCACUGGAAUGCCUAAAGUUAGUCACCUGAAUUCACUAAAAAGUGGCCUGAUUUAUUUUAUAUGUUGAGCUGAUGUUGAUGUGAGUUCAUAGUAUUCAGUACCUCUGAAAAUCAGGUCAUUUUGUUUAGGUGCCUAAAUAUGGAUGUAGGUGAUUAGCUUUAGGCACCCAAGUAAAGCCAAAAUGCUCAAAGUGACCUAGUUUAUUUAUAACACAAACUUUUAUAAUGCAAAUGGUCCUUAUUCACAAAAGUAGACUUACUGAAACCAAGACUUAACUUAUUGUUGUCUUAUUGUAUGAGUAAGGACUACGCUUGUGAGAGAGGGUUCCUGGGAUUGGACCCCUAAAUAUGUAGCUGGUUAUUUGAAAUGUUUUAGUAGAGCCAUGUAUAUUUUGGUUAUAGUAAGAAUAGAUAUAAGGAACUUAAUCCUGACCAAAUGCCACUAACAAUUUCUACAAUAAUCUGAGUAUGGCCACCAGGGUGACUGAUGCACUGAUAAAUGAUCAAACUAAGUGUAAUGAUCAAACUAAGGUGCUAAUUACAGUAGCAUGAAAGGCAGCUAGACAAGUUUUGAUCUUUAACUUCUCUAAUUUUACAGGGUGGUGUGUUAUUUUUUUAUUGAUGGAGCCUUGUAUUAUCAUUAUAUUAAACAUAAAAUAAGUUGUGAUUCUUUGUAUCUAGUGCCAAUUUUUCACCAUUUUCCUCCUUCUCCAAGGUCACCAUUCAAAGUGAAAUGGUAUUAAAUAUAUAUUCUAUGGAAGUUUCUAAUCUUUGUAAAACAUGCAAUGUAUGGUAUACCCUUGGACUUUAUAGAUAAAUGUGACCAUAUUCAUGCUAUAAAGCUAUUUACUUGCCAACAGUUUGCCAGAGGAAUAUUUUCCCUUUUUGUGAUGUUCUUCAGUUACUUUACUUUAGAACAAAUGCCAUAUUCUCUUUGGGCCAGAUUCUCAAGUGGUACAAAUUUGCAUAGCUCCAUUAUCGUCAAUGCUGGCCCAUGAUUUUUAAAAACUGGUUUAAAUGUCAAGUAUUAAAAAUGCAGUUUGUAAAUCUACUGUAAAUUGUUAAUUAAGAAAUAAAAGUGUAGAUUCUACAAAAUGGUUUAUUCAGAUAGUCCAAAAUAUAUUUUCUCUUAUUUCA